AUGGGGAAGGAGAAAUCACUCUAUCAUGCUGUUGUCCCCUUGCUAGUCGUUAUUGCCCUUGGGACGACAUUUCUCUAUAUUCUAGGCAUAGUCGUUUAUAGGCUUUACUUCCACCCAUUAGCCAAGUACCCUGGCCCGUUCUGGGCCAGGAUCACGAAUUGGUAUUCCGUAUACCAUGCCGCCAUUGGCGACAGGCACCUACAGACUUACUGGGGUCACAAGAGAUUUGGCAAAUUUGUUCGCAUUGCCCCAAAUCUGGUGACGAUCAACGACCCAGCAGCAAUCAAAGAUAUCUACGGCGUGAACCAAAACGUGCGCAAAUCUUCCUUCUACGAAGCUUCAAUCGCGCACAAUGGCUUCCAGAACAUGUUCUCUUCCCGCGACCGCGAUAUCCACGCCCGUAAACGCCGCAUCCUUGCCCCGGCAUUCACCGAAGCAAACCUGUGCUCCAUGGAACCAUAUAUCCUCCCGCACAUUGACGAAUUCUUCCGCGCGGCGUCAGGGGAAGAGCAUUUCUCGGCAUCACGGAAAUGCUGGACCGCGGAUCUGGGGAAAUGGGGCAACUACCUGACAUUUGAUGUCAUGGGCGAUCUGGUCUUCGGGAAGGACUUUGGGAUGCUCAGGGGAAACGAAAGUCGAGAACUGCCCGAUGUCAUUGACGCGGCGGUGCAUCGGCAACUUCUUAACGGAUGCAGCCCAUUCAUGCUCAGAUGGAACCUCGACAAACUCCUCUUCCCAGACAUUGUCCGUCGCGGCAUGCAGCUGCUCGUCUACGCCAAGAAGCAGGUCCAGCUGCGCAUGAGCGCCGAUCAGAAUCGCAAGGACUUCUUCUCGUACAUUGCCAAUGCCGAGAACAAGGACGGCACCAAGGCAUACGCUGACUCUAAGGAAGUGUUUGCGGAAGCGAGGGGCCUUAUUCUGGGUGGGUCCGAUACAACGGCCACACAAUUGGCAGCGAAUUUCUUCUAUCUGACCAAGAAUCCUCACGCAUUGAAGCGUCUCGGGGAAGAGAUCCGCUCCACAUUCAACUCGGUCGACGAGAUCCGGCUCGGUAAGGCCCUUGACGGCUGCCGCUAUCUCUACGCCGUCAUCAACGAAACGAUCCGCCUCAGUCCCAGCCUCCCGGGCGUCCUGCCCCGGGAAGUGCUAAAGGGCGGCCUCACCGCGGCCGGCGAACACUUCCCUGCUGGAGUCGAGCUCUCGGUUCCCGUCUACGCGGUCCACCAUUGCGAAGACAUCUUCUUCGACCCGCACAUGUUCAUCCCCGAGAGGUGGCUGCCUGAGUACACGAGCGAAGACGCCGUCAAACGGUGCCAUGAUGCCUUGACGCCCUUUUCGUACGGUUCGAGACAGUGCAUUGGCAAGCGAUUGGCCGUUAUGGAGCUUUCUCUGGUCAUUGCUCGGUCGGUCUGGAAAUACAAUCUUGAGUAUGUGGCCGGUGGCAAGGACGAUCGGUUUAGGAAGAGCCCGGAAGUCGUAGAGUACAAGUUGCUUGAUCAUCUUGCAGCGGGAAGAUCGGGCCCCGUCAUAAGGUUCACAAGCAGAGAGUAA